AUGACUUCAGGCAGUAGUAAAAAACUAUUCAGACAAAGGCUUUUAAAGAUUUUAAAUGAUGCCAGUUUGUCUAUUAAGAUAUCUAUCCCUGAAAGUUUCAGAGUGUCUAAUCCAGCCAAGGCAGACUUCUGUAGUGAUAGUUUCACAAGCGACCUUAAUUCUGAAUGUCAAAGAAGAAAGGAUGCCUUUGUCUCUUACCACGGAGGUACUGAUGUGCGCCGCCUGUCCUCUGCUGAGUACUACGGUAUGGGUGGAACUGUAAAACGCCAGAAAUUACAACAAGGUCGUAAAAAAAGCUUAGGUAUUGAAAGAAUUGAAACAAAUAUGCCUUCGCCGAAAACAGCAUCCAUUCAAUAA